AUGAGCCUCCAACCUGUUAUCGAACAGGAGAGAGAGUUUCUAAAACAGUUAGUGAAUAGGAUUAUAGCCCUCCGCCCUCAGUUGUUGUUAGCCGAGAAGAGUGUCUCAGGUCUUGCGCUACAAUUCCUUUCGGACGCGAAGAUCUCCGUUGCCUACAACGUGAAGCCUUCCGUGCUCUCAGCUGUUUCAAGAUGUCUAGAGACAGAGAUUAUCUCUUCUGUAGACAUGUUGGCGCUUCCUCCGCAUCAGUUCCAGACAGGAAAGAGUACAGGUUAUGAGGUGAAAACGUUCGUCAAUGAGGAUAUUCCAGGUCGAAAGAAGACGUACAUCUUCUUGUCCAGCUACCUAGAAGAUCUCGGAUGUACCAUUGCCCUCAGAGGUGCUUCUACGCCUAUCCUUGCGAAGCUCAAACACAUAACCGAGUUCAUGGUAUAUGUAGUAUAUAACCUCAAACUCGAGUCAUGUCUGAUGCGGGAUUCAUUUAUCCAGAUUCCUACCGACGAAGAUAUGUCGAAAUAUUCCACUCAAACCACUGAUACCAGUCAACCAUCACUGACUACCAAGGCCGUAGUAGAUGAUGAUGCACAAAAAGGUUUGCUCAGCAUAACUCAAGACGAGAUGCCAUCGAGCCAAGAAGAUCAUUCUUCCGGGAAGGCAAUUGAAGUAUCACCGGACAGCAAUAUGCCACAAGAUCAACUUCCAUCAACCCAGCCAUCCAGCCAGUUAAUUUCGCUCCAUGAAACACAUUCUCGGGCAGUCCAUGACAGUUCUGUUCCGGAGGAUGUUCCAAUGCCAACUUUUUAUAGUGAUAUGGUGGCUAAGUAUCAAACAAGAAUCCUCUCCGUCUCGCCCUUCGUUAAAUUUGCACAACCAUAUCUACUUAUGAAAGCUCGAGAGCAGGAAAGAAAGUUGGCUCACUUAAAACGGUUGCGGGAUCAAGAUGUAAUUGAGGAGCGUGCGGACAACGAAAGGUCCAAUCCCCCAAAGUUCCAGCUUAUUAAACCACAAAUGGUUCUCGAAACAGGCCAUAACGCCCCUAGACAGAUUAUGGAAAUUCUUCAUGCUGUCCACGACGCUGAAUACGAUAGGGCGCUCUACAACUAUCAGACGCAAACAAGACAAUGGGAAAACUACAUCAAGGGCAAUAUUGGGUUCUUCGAGCCCUACGCCCACCAAAAUAUUGUUGUCCUACACUCUGUCAUCUGUACUGAAACCAAGAUCCCGUGUUCAGAGCCGAAUCUGAUCGCACUUGGCUUUUACGACGAGCAUGUCGAUAGAAGCAGUGGUAUGGAUCCUGAUUGCACUUUGGGCCAAUACAUUGAAGAUAUCUGCUAUGGCGCCGACUCCACCUGCGAAGCGAAUGGAUGUGAUCGCAAACUGUAUGAGCAUCACCGAACAUACGUUCAUGGCGAAGCACGAAUUACCAUAUUCAUUGAGCAAGAUACUAGAGGCCGACUCCCCGAAGACAGUAUCAUGAUGUGGAGCUACUGUAAGCAUUGCAAGCGAGAAACCAGCGAAAUGGAGAUGUCCAGAGGGACCUGGAAAUAUUCAUUUGGAAAAUACCUAGAACUAUCAUUUUGGAGUAGGGGUACUACUCUAGUCAGAGACGAGAAUUUGGGGGGUUGGAACUGUCCUCACGAUCACCAUCGCGAUCAUAUACGAUACUUCGGAUUGAACGGCAAAGUUGUACGCGUCCAUUACGACCCCAUCGACCUCUUAGAAAUCAUUGUACCCCGGGCCAGGAUUACUUGGAAUGUUGGGCAUGAUCUCAACAUGAAAAACGAAAUAUUUACAAAUGCUCAAGAGCGUUGGACGCGGUUCACGACGUCUGUCAAAUCACGACUGAAGGCUAUUAAUACAGACAAUAUCAUCCCGGAAAAGGCUGAACCGUGUAAGGCGGAAAUGGAACGGUUGUCGAAAAGAAUACAUGAUGAUCACACCUCGCUUGUUCGGAAGCUUCAGGACAAAUACAUGGAAUCUAAAUAUUACGAGGUAAUCCCAUUUAACAUAGUUUUACGAGAGAUGCUCGUCAAAGUGGCCGAAUGGGAUGCUGCUUUUGCCAAGUUUGAAGCCGAUUUUCUUCCUUCCGACAAGGAUAUUCGAAAGCUGACUAUGAUUCACCUUCGUAAAAUGUUCACGGACGAAUCAAAGGAAUCUCUUACUAGCAACGAAGUCCAAAAUGAAGUCACCGAUAUCACAGAAGAAACUACUCAGACGAGUGUGUCGGAAAGCGACCCCAAACAGGAUACUCAACAAUCAGAAGCUACUACCGAUGCUUCUCUUGAUAUAACCCAAGACAAAAACCCACUAGAUGUACCACCUCAGGAAGAAACUCUAGAGAGAAUUGAGCCACUAGAUCUUGCGACACCGAAAUCACCUGUGCCCAGCAGUUCUGCCCCGGGCCAACCGGAUAAUAACGUCGGUAUCUCGGAAGUGUCAGUACCAAAUGUCACAGAUGUAGUCUCAGCAUUAUCCCCCGAGCUUGUGCCACGGGUAGCAACAAGUGCGGUUCCGCCUAUGUCACUAACUGAGCAAGUUGAACAACUUCGCCGACGACAGCAUUCGUUAGUCCCUGAAAGCACGAACAUGGUAGGGUAUGUAGGAAACGAGCGGGUUGGGGUCGCUGGAGAGUCUCAAAAAACGCCAGAGCGCAGCUCUUCCCGUAGGAUAGGAUCAAACGUUUCGCCACCUAUGGUGCGCGCUAUAUCACACCCUGUGAAUAGUGUUCCGACCUUGCCCCGCCUACAUUCUACAGUAGGUAAAAAGAUGUUCAGUACUAAUAAGGACAAGGAUAAAAACAAGGAAUCUUUUACAGAGGUGAUGACCGGAAGCGAACUCCGGAAGGCUUCAACUAGCGAAUCUACUAAAAGUGAGAAGAAGCUUUUUAGUAGUCUCCGGCCACACCGCAAGGGUAACCAGUCAUCCAUUCCCCGUUUUGUUGGAAAGAAAGACUCCAGGGUGUCUACUAUUCGUAAACAUUUUGAACAGCUCAGUCGUGAAUUCGAGAAGGAACGUGAAAAAGAUCGUGAAAAGCGAAAACUAAGAAUGUCUCAUUCGAGGCCUUUCCUCCAGCAUUCCACGACUAAAGCUAUAGUUGAGGUUUACGAAGACGUGGAUGAGGCCGUACAGGAACCAGGCCCUGCCGAGGAUGAGCAUGCAGCCGCACCGGGACUAGUUAGUCUCAAAUCAAAGAAUAAAGUAGGACUAGAAGGUCCCCCGCCAGGAAACGAGGCGGCCGAAGCACCAACAGAAGACACACAAUUUCCAAAAGAUGGUCAUCGACGUCAAGAUGAAAUGGCGACUGAAGGUGAAACUGACGACCAGGCGCACAACAAUAGUCUAGGACCCACAGAUGAUGAGCAAGGAGAAAGCGACACAGAGCAUUCGUUGAUCGAUGGUACGACGCUUGAAGAAAUUGCUGAGUCGUUUGACUCUAGCGCGGAGAUUCCGAUAGAGCUUCCCAAGCAGGACAAGAACAACUUCAUGAAGGUACUCACUACGUUUUGGAAUGAACGCUCAGCUAGCCAAUGGCCUCCGCUAGAUUACCCCUUGAAUGCAGCUGAUCAUAUUUUCAUUGAUUCCGACAUUAUUGUCCGGGAAGAUGAGCCAAGUUCGCUCAUUGCGUUCGCUUUGAGCUCCGAGGAUUAUAAGGAGAAGCUUCGCACAUUUUAUCGCAAGAAGGAUAGUGAGAGAGUGGUAGUUUCAGCAGGGACAGAUACAGAGGACGACGCCCAUUCUGAGGUGUACUCGGACAUUGGGGAAAACAUCACCGAAACUCAACUAGAAACCAAACUCGUCCACACUACGAGUUCCCAUUAUAAGUAUCAAUUUACCGAAGGAACGGCAAAAAUGCUGGUUAAAAUCUUCUAUGCCGAACAAUUCGACGCUCUACGACGGAAAUGCGGCGUCGCCGACCGCAUCAUUGAGUCUCUGUCUCGGUGUUUAAAAUGGGAUUCCAAAGGUGGCAAGACUAAGUCAGUCUUCUUGAAGACUCAGGACGACCGAUUGGUAAUGAAGUCUUUGUCGCCAGUGGAGACGGCUGCUUUUUUGAAGUUUGCACCGGCAUAUUUCGGUUUAAUGGCGGAAGCGCUUUUCCAUGAUCUCCCGUCAGUAAUUGCUAAGAUGCUAGGGUUCUUUCAAGUCAUUAUCAAAAACCCGGUAACGAACACGGAGAUUAAGCUAGACUUGCUUCUUAUGGAAAACUUAUUCUAUGAUCGAGCUCCUACGAGGAUCUUCGACUUAAAGGGUUCGAUGAGAAACCGAAAGAUUCAGUCAACUGGAGAGCGUAAUGAAGUUCUUCUGGACGAGAAUAUGGUGGAAUAUAUUUACGAAUCGCCGCUUUUCGCGAGGGAACACUCGAAGAAAACCUUGCGUGACUCGGUCUGGAACGAUACACUAUUCUUAGCCCGUCAGAACGUCAUGGAUUACUCCCUGAUGAUCGCCGUGGACGAGAUAAAGAAAGAGUUGGUGGUAGGUAUCAUUGACUGUAUCCGAACGUACACAUGGGACAAGAAACUUGAAAGUUGGAUCAAGGACCGCGGCUUCGCGGGCGGCGGUCGUAAUAAACCAACCGUAACCAGCCCGAAAGAAUAUAAGUCGAGAUUUAGAGAGGCUAUGGCUAGAUAUAUCCUCGAAGCACCAAACUGCUGGCAUCAGCCCAGUGUGCCGCUCCCGGUGUCGAGGCCCCCACGAGCGGAAGUGAAUGCUGCAAGAAGGGACGAAGUAGCAACGGAUGUAGGCGCAACAUAG